CUUCACUGUGCACACACUGGGGUUGUGCGAGUCUUGUCGUCACCAUGAGGUUGGCAGGCUGCCAGCAGAGACUCCAGGAAGCCACUGCUGCCGGCCAAGAAAUGGACUGGCAAGCGACUUGUAAUGUCUCAGGGGCCUUAACUCCUUGCUCAUCUGAUCGUAAUUGGACAAAGCACUUGACCAUCAAACUGUUUCCCAUCUAAGUCAGAGCGGAGCCGCGGAGCUGGACGGAGACUAAUGUUGGAUGGCAUAGGAAAGACAACCUGAAGGACCUGAGAGCCAUCAUUCGCACAGAGUGGCAGCAAGGUCAUCUGGCAAAGGGAUGGUUUUGUCCUACUCCUGCCUUUGAAGCACUGAUGGAGUUGUCAUGAUGGCCAGAGUAAUACCGUAGGACCUUUUGAAGAAUGAACUUUCCAAACCACUGGAUUGUUCUGGAAGGAAAAGCCAUUGAAGAUCAAACAAAAUCACCGACAGUAAAAUUAGUUGGCCUUUUCUCAGUUCAAGGAUUCUGCUUCAGGAGGCAAAACUAUUCAUGACUUUUCAGGAACUGGACUACAGAAGAGUUUUCUUUGCAAAAAAUACUUCAUCUUCAUAUUAAACCACCCGAAACAUGCACCAAACAUCGGAAGUGGCAUGGCUAAAGGUGAAAUCAGAUGCACUAAAGCGAUAAAAACGACAAAGUCAAGAAUGGAUAGAAACCAUCACUCUUGAGGGGUGCAUUCCUUGCUGCCAUCUUUUCCGUCCCCUCCUAGUUUACCCACUGAUCAGUGAGACAGUCCAUUAGUAUCUGUUGUUCUUGUCACCCUCAGAAAUUCAGCUUGAAAGACAUUUUCCAAAGUGUGUUUGUUUCGCUAUUUAGGUCAUAAUUUGAAAAAUUGCUACAAAGGUGGAGCAGAUACUGUAAAAGAAUCAGAAUGACUGACCAUGUUACAAUACCAACAGAUACUCUGCAGGUGGUAGGAAUCCAAUAUGCUCCGUGACGUGCCCUGUAUUCAGCAGAUAACCUCAGAUUUAUUUGUAAUCUCAUGGAUUAACUUUCAAGUUCUCGCACAGAGACCUUUUAAGUUUGCCCUUGUGGAGUUCUAUUUGGUAUAAAACUACAACUGAAAAACUCUUCCGGUCUACAUGCAUCUUUUAUAUUACAUGUAGACCCGGGCUGAAUUUAUUCCUUUUUUUCUUUUCCUAUUUUUUUUUUUUUUUUUAAAUCAAAAUGCCUCCUUCGCGGACAGUAGGAGCGUGGACACUGCUGGCAGCAUUGGGUUUUCUCAGCUGCUUUAGUUUUGGCUGGUCCGAGGCCUCAAGGACUAGUGGUUCGAACUCAGGAGGGAGUAAACAGGAGCAAGGACCCUCGUCAUUGGAACGAGUGAAGAGAGGAUGGGUGUGGAACCAAUUUUUUGUGGUGGAGGAGUACACAGGGACAGAGCCGCUCUACGUCGGAAAGAUCCAUACAGACUCAGACGAAGGCGAGGGCAACAUCAAGUACACUAUCUCUGGAGAAGGGGCAGGCUCCAUUUUCAUCAUCGAUGAGCUAACAGGAGACAUCCAUGCCACAGAGAGACUGGACCGAGAAGAGAAGGCUUUUUACACACUUAGGGCUCAGGCCCGGGACAGACUUUCCAACGACCCUCUGGAACCAGAGUCAGAGUUUGUCAUCAAGGUACAGGACAUCAACGACAGCGAGCCCAAGUUCUUGGAGGGCCCUUACAUCGGCAGUGUGGCAGAGCUGUCGCCCAUAGGAACGUCCGUUAUGAAGGUUACUGCGUCAGAUGCUGACGACCCUACAUACGGCAGCAGCGCCAGAGUGGUAUACAGCGUACUGGAUGGAGAAAAGUUUUUCACUGUUGACAGACACACAGGGAUCAUCAUGACGGCAGUGGCAGAUUUGGACCGCGAGACACAGGAUCGGUACGAGUUGGUCGUCAAGGCAACAGACAUGGCAGGACAAAUGGGCGGUCUCUCCGGCUCCACCACGGUGACCAUAGUGAUCACAGACGUUAAUGACAACCCACCGCGCUUCCCACAGAAGAUGUACCAGUUUUCUGUAUCAGAGGGGGCUGCUGUCGGGACGCCAGUCGGACGUGUCAUCGCCACGGAUGCAGACAUGGGAGAGAACACCGAUAUGAGCUAUCUGAUCAAAGAGGAAGGGGAGCUCUUCAAGGUCACCACAGAUGCAGACACACAGGAAGCUAUUGUCUCCAUCAAGAAGCCGCUGGACUUUGAGAGCAAGCGCACGCACAACGUCGUGGUGGAGGCAGUAAAUAAGCAUGUCGAUCCUCGCUUCGUGGACCUGGGUUCCUUCCGAGACCAGACCAUUGUCCGGGUCAGCGUGUCGGAUGUAGAUGAACCACCCAUCUUUCAACCAGCAGAGGGCACUAUUAUGGAAGUGCAGGAGGAUGCCAAAGUAGGAGCGUUGGUUGGCAUCAUCCAAGCCAGGGAUCCAGAUGUGAAGAAUAAACCUGUCAGGUUCUCUAUCGAUCGGACCACAGACCAUGAGAUGAUCUUCCAUAUUGAUCCUGAUUCGGGUGCCAUCACACUGGGAAAGAUUUUGGACCGAGAGACAGCAGGCUGGCACAAUAUAACUGUGAGGGCUGUAGAAGCAGAUAACCACACCAUGGCGUCCCACUCAGCAGUGAGCAUUCGGAUUCUGGAUGUAAACGACAAUCCUCCUGAACUGGCCACACCGUAUGAAGCCUCAAUAUGUGAAGAUGCCAAACCAGGCCAGCUAAUUCACACCAUCAGCGUGGUGGAUAGAGACGAGCCUCAGACUGGACAUCGCUUCUACUUCACCCUGGCCCCCGAAGGCCCCAACAAUCGACAUUUCGCCCUGUGGGAUUUCAAAGACAACACAGCUGGAAUCCGGACCCAGCGGUCAGGCUUUAACCGCCAUGAGCAGAAUGUGUACUUUCUGCCCAUCCUGGUGGUUGACAGCGGGCCUCCCUCCCUCAGCUCCACAGGCACCCUGACCAUUCACGUCUGCGGCUGUGACACAGAGGGAGAAAUCCAGUCCUGCAAUGCCACAGCCUAUGUAAUGAGUGCUGCUCUCAGCCCUGGGGCUCUUAUAGCACUGCUGGUCUGCAUGCUCAUUCUCAUAGUCCUUGUCUUGCUGAUCCUGACUCUGAAGCGCCACAGGAAGGGCCAGAGGAUGGCGGAGGAUGAGGAGGACAUGAGGGAUAACGUCAUCAAGUACAACGACGAGGGCGGAGGGGAGCAGGACACUCAGGCGUAUGACAUGAGCGCCCUGAGGAACCUCUAUGACUUCCCAGAGGCCAAGAGCUGUGACUCUGGCCCUGACAUCCGCUCGCUGCCGCAGUGGAUACAGGCCAACCGGGUUGGGGGCGGUGCAGACGGAGCUGCAGCAGCAGCAGCGUCGGCGGCAGACUUCUCCUUAUUCAAAGGCUACAUCCGAAAGAAGGUGGAGCAGGCCGACGCUGACCUGUCGGUGCCGCCGUACGACUCCUUCCAGACGUACGCCUUUGAGGGCACCAGUUCGCCAGCGCUCUCGCUAAGCUCCAUCCACACGCUGUCCACCACCUCGGAGCAGGAUUUCUCCUACCUCAGCGACUGGGGACCGCGUUUCAGGCAACUGGCGGGCUACUACGCUCCAGGGAAUCCUGAGGAGGAAGGGUCCUAGCACAGCUUCUCCUUUGCAGAGAGACAUUUAAACUCCUUGCUUCUUCUUCUUCUUCUUCUCUGCCUCCUCUUCUCACCCUCUGGCACUCAUCAGAGCCAGCACUGUGUACUCCUUAAAGACAGAGCACCACCUCUUUAUCUCUUUGAAAGAAAAAGCCCAGUGUCAAACUUUGAACUCAAGUUUUUAUUUUUUAUUUAGCUUUUUUUUUUUUUUUUUUUUUUUUGCAAGAGUUUUCAGACUUUAGCAUGAAAGCUCUGGCAUUGAUAUGAGAGAGAGUACAGAAAGAGAUAUCCAGUCACCAAAAUUGCCGUUUAGUUUGAAGGGAGGAUUUUUCCUCUCUCUCGUAAAUCAUAGAUGAGAACCUUUAUUUUAAGCUGUGAGACUGUUUUCAGAGUAUCAGCAUUACGUAGGUAGGGUUAAACUAUGCCAAGGCAACCUGUCUGACAAACAUAUUUAUUUAAAAAGGAGGAAAUAUUUAUGUAUUUAUUUGUUUUUAUGUAUUUAUUUAUUUAUUUACACACACCAUGAUCACUAUGGUAACCGCAACAGUGAACUCUGCUCAAGUGCUGAAGACGAAGUGAGGGGAGGAGGACACUAUCAAAAGAACGAAAGACAACUCGGAAGAAAGACAGACUGCAGUGGCAGAUGAUGCUACAGAAUUCUGGCAAAGAUGUGACAUCUGGGUUAUAUAAAGAUUACAUACUGGAAAAUAUUUGUAUUUAUUUUCUAUGACCACUUUUGUAAAAUAAUUAACUUUAGACAUGGUUGAAAAGUAGAGGCGAGUAGAAAGCGGGAACAGAUGGAGUGAAAGGACUGCAGGAAAAAAAGAGCUGCCAGUUCAGUCUGAACAAUUGAGACUGACAUACUUUUGCUGUAUUUUAGUGAUUUAUAAAAGUUUUUUUAUUUUUGUUUUGUUUUUGUUUUUUUUUUGAGGUCACAAACUGAGGACAAUUGCGUGUUAACAAUUUCUUUUCUUAUCCUCUCAACAGCCAAUUGUAAGGCAAUAAGGCACAAACCGCAACAGUGAUUUAAGAUGAAACAAAAUGACUGUUCCGUGGAAUUGGCUGGUUGCCAGCGUUGUCCCACAGGGAGCCAAUUUUCAUUCCAGAUUUUGUGUGUGAA